GCCCGGCUCUCGGUGGUGCGGCAGCGGGCGGGAGCAGCGGCCGCUCUGGUCGGCGGACGUGCUGCCGAGCAGUCCCGGAAGCGAAGCAGCGAUGGCGGAGAGUCCGACUGAAGAGGCGGCGACGGCGACGGCGGGUGCCGGAGCGGCGGGCCCCGGGGCAAGCGGCGUUGCUGGUGUGGUCGGUGUUAGCGGUAGCGGCGGCGGGUUCGGGCCGCCUUUCCUGCCGGAUGUGUGGGCGGCGGCGGCGGCGGCGGGCGGGGCCGGGGGGCCGGGGAGCGGCCUGGCUCCGCUGCCCGGGCUCCCGCCCUCUGCCGCUGCCCACGGGGCCGCGCUGCUUAGCCACUGGGACCCCACGCUCAGCUCUGACUGGGACGGCGAACGAACCGCGCCGCAGUGUCUACUCCGAAUCAAGCGGGAUAUCAUGUCCAUUUAUAAGGAGCCUCCUCCAGGAAUGUUCGUUGUACCUGAUACUGUUGACAUGACUAAGAUUCAUGCAUUGAUCACAGGCCCAUUUGACACUCCUUAUGAAGGGGGUUUCUUCCUGUUCGUGUUUCGGUGUCCGCCCGACUAUCCCAUCCACCCACCUCGGGUCAAACUGAUGACAACGGGCAAUAACACAGUGAGGUUUAACCCCAACUUCUACCGCAAUGGGAAAGUCUGCUUGAGUAUUCUAGGUACAUGGACUGGCCCUGCCUGGAGCCCAGCCCAGAGCAUCUCUUCUGUGCUCAUCUCUAUCCAGUCCUUGAUGACCGAGAACCCCUACCACAAUGAACCUGGCUUUGAACAGGAGAGACAUCCAGGAGACAGCAAAAACUACAAUGAAUGUAUCCGACACGAGACCAUCAGAGUUGCAGUCUGUGACAUGAUGGAAGGAAAGUGUCCCUGCCCUGAACCCCUAAGAGGGGUGAUGGAGAAGUCCUUCCUGGAGUAUUAUGACUUUUAUGAGGUGGCCUGCAAAGAUCGCCUUCACCUUCAAGGCCAGACUAUGCAGGACCCUUUUGGAGAGAAGCGGGGCCACUUUGACUACCAGUCCCUCUUGAUGCGCCUGGGACUGAUUCGUCAGAAAGUGCUGGAGAGGCUCCACAAUGAGAACGCCGAAAUGGACUCUGAUAGCAGCUCUUCUGGGACAGAGACAGAUCUGCACGGGAGCCUGAGGGUUUAGACCCUGCUCCCCCUCCCCUCUCCCCAGCAGAGUCCCUUCCCCCCACCCCAGGGAUGGAGAGGCACUAUGUAUCUCCCUCCAAACGUGACGUCAUUCUGCAAGAUGGCAAGAAGCAAGCUUGGAUCCCAGGGUGUGGGAGUGGGGGGCUAUUCCAAUCUGACCUCCUUGGCGCUGGAGCACCUGGGGCUGUGUUCAUCUUGGAUCAGGGCCAAGGUACCUUUACAGGAUCAUCUAUGACAAGGGCCUCUGGCAAAACAAAACAACAAACACACCUCUCUGCAAGGCCAGCUUCUUAGGGUUUAAAGACAAAUUUCAGUUCCAAGAGGGAAUGUGCCCAAAUGAUUUAUGGGGGUAUCUGGAAGGAAACUUUGGGGUAGGGGGCUGUUUGUGACACUUAAGCAGUCUGGGUGGUUGUCUGUGUCUGUCUUCAGUCUUGAAGCAGGGCUUCCCAUUGCCCUUUUCCUCCCUGCCCCCCUGCCCUUUUAUCUCCCACGGGCCAGCAUAAUUUUGUUUUCCUAAUUUAUAGUCACUGUUCUAGACAGACCAAAGAGAAGGAACAGUGGUGGAGUCUAGGCUGCUGAUCAGUUAGCUUUACCUAGCACCUGAGCACCUUUUUCCCCUACCCCUCGUUCCCUUGCUCUUUUAGGUUUCAGACAGAAGGUAAACAGGACCAGGACUGAACCAGGUCUUGGUGAAGCCUGCACAGGCACCGUGAGAAGCCGGAAGUACUGUGUGUUCCCGCAAUCACAGAUUUGAAAAGUUCCCAACACAGGCAGCUGCAGUGUGUAUGGGAUUAGAGCCACUACAUAGAAUAGUCUCUUAAAGAUUUUCUUAAGUACUAGUCACAAUGAGGAUAUUUUUUCUUGGGGGUGGGGUAAACAGGGGAGACUGAUGCUAGUCCUUCUUGCAUUUUGUUUGGCUGACCUUGUGUAUUUUCACCCCAGUCUGUAGUCCCCUACCUCACUUCAACCCCCAGGGAGCAGGAGUAGCCAAUGGCAGAAGGGGAUCUGGGCUGGGACUCUAGAAGACUCCUUCCCCUCUCUCCCCUCCCCCUCCCAGCUGCUCUUUGUCACUGGCUCUGAUGGGUGUUUGCCUGGCUAUGUUGCUUCUCUAUUUGUAUUUUAGCUGCAGUGAUCCUUUAACUGGUUGGCUCAGAAAAGUGUUCUAGGCGCCCAAUAAUACUGGGCAUCAAGGGAAUUUCUCCUUCCCCUUUUUGAUAUGUUCUUCCCCUACUUCCAGAUUCUUGCUGUUAUGGACCCCCAUGGAGUGUUGGUGAUCCAUGUGAAACAGGGCCCAGUCAGUAUCCAGCCACAGGCAGAAGAGAGGAUAAGGUGUAUCUGCCCUACCCACUGCUUUUAAGGUCUCUGCCUGAUGGAUCAUGGGACUCCCCUGGGGGGGACAGUGGGGGAGGAAAAUGGGGCACAAAAGAAGAGCUUCCUAAAGGGCAGGAAGAGGAACUGGGGAGGGAGUGGUACACUUGGGGAACAGAAGUUUAUCUUGGCUGUCUGAAGAAUAGGUCUCAACAUGGAGACUCAAAGGGACCCUGCUUCCAAUGUCCCUCCUCUUCCAUUCCCAGAGCUAGUCCAGGGCCGAGAAGAAUGCCCUUGGUUUGUGGGUCCAGUGUUGUCUGUUAUCCAUCUAAGUGUUCCCACUUUGAAGUGACAAUCUUCUCCUUGGCCCUGCCAUGGGGCAGAGCAUGUCUGGCAUAGUGGCCUGACUUUUACGCCCUAAUCUUGAGUUGAGGAAAUAUAUGCACAGGAGUGAAAAGAGAUGUCUUUAUAUCUGACUGUACAUAAAUGAAAAUUUUUUUUCUUUUUUUGGUGCAAUAAAGUUUGUUUUGGCAGAAGGA